AUGCCAGUAACCACAAUAUCUUCCAACACGCGGGCCUCUCGGUCGCGUUUUUCGAGUCCGCAAGUCACGGCGUCCGAGUCCACCACAAAGGAGUCUUCGGCCGCCGCCGUCUCUGCUGCCGAGGGCAGAGAGCCAAAGAAGAGCACUUUCUUGGAGCGCUGGUUGGAGCCUCCAGUGCAGAGCAAGCCCAGUUAUCAGGAAGCAGGCCUUGUGCGGCAGGGCGUCUUUGACAAUAUGGCACCUUUGGGCACCAUGCCGAAGCUCGGCGUCUUCAAGUCUUCGAGCGCCGCGACACCAACACCAGCCGCCAACCCCCCCAAGACCAGAAUUGUUCUCAAGUCGAGCAGACCUGCGGCGCCAUCUACGCCCACCCCUGCGGCGCCGCCACCGCCUCCUCCGCCGGCGCCUGAGGAGGACGAGACGGAGGAGGAGGACGAGACGGCCGAGCCAUACACGGAAGCCCCCUACCUGGAGCGGAUCAAGAGCGAGGACAGAGGUCGUGCCGAGGGCAUCAAUUACAGGGAGACGACUCCUGCAGUGAGUGCACCCUCGCGCUCACAUGGCUCUUUUUCUUCGCGGGACGUGGAGGCGGGCAACUGGGGUCCGGGCAGGAUGUCGCAGGUGUCGUCGGCCGACCGCAGAAGUCAGUCCCGGGCAAGCGCCUCAUCGCAUCCUUCUCAUCAUCAUCAUAUUCAGCAGCAACCGUCCACAAGCAGUGCGUCUCGUGAGGAUGAUUUGAAAAAGAUCACGGCCAAGGUGGUGGAGGCUGCGGUUGAGGCAGCGCUGCAGUUUUGUCGCUACCCCACUGCCUGGGCCCUGCGCACCCUCUACGAUGAAAAUUGCACUAGCCUGGAAUUUCUCACCAUGAUCGAGAAGGUGUUCAUGCAGAAGGCGGACGCACCCACGCUCAGCAAGUUUGCUAAGGAUAUCCAGAAGAAAAAGAAGGAGGGCAAGGCCUCCAACCAGGGAUUCCAAUACUUUUUUGGCCACGAACAAACCUCGAUCCCGCCGGCGAAGCCUGCGCCCUACAACCAUCUCAUCAACUUUGGCGUGUCGCUUCUUCACUUUAAGGAAUCAGAACCAGCCCCCAAGACCGAGAGGCAAUCGACGCUCGAUCGUCAUACUGAACAGCCCGAGCCUGAGCCAGAAACUCGAACAGUCCCAGCCCCAGCCUGUGCACCAUCACAACAGCAAGAGUCGCCAGCGCAGCCAGAGCCGGCGCAGGAACCGGUGCAGCUGCCAUUGCGGGAAGCGACACCACUUCCCGCCGCUGUCGCCGAGAACCCCCCGGUUGUUGAAGACUCUGUCGGGCCUCUCCCGUCAGACCCAGAGCCUGUUGGCACCACAGCGCCCGAUACCGAGCCAGAGCAGACGCCUGAGCUCCCACAGCGCAACGAGCCUCAGGCUGAGCCGGAGCGUCAAGAGGACAAAGAGCCAGAGGAGCCCCCUCGCAAGAAACGAAAAUCAGCUCGACAUUCAGAGGCGACAUCCAAGAAGAUGAUGGAAACAGCCGCCGCCGCCGCCGCCGCCAGCGCGAUGACGACGACGACGACCCAAGAGGUCGACGGCAAGCUGGUCGCAGAGACACCGCGCCGCCGCACCAGAGCGACGUCUCAUUCCAGCACAUCAACGCUAUCCACGGCACGCUCACUGUCACUGACACCGGUAGCAGCCCGGCAUCAGGCGAUUGAAAAUGAAGAGGAGGCCCUGGUCUCCGAUGCGCCUCCUUCGCGCAACAGCCCUGCCCCGGCCCAUCCAAUCAACGGCAAGCGGCGUCGGUCCAAUGCACCACGCAAGAGCAAGGGCGGGAACGUGUCACCCUCCCGGCGCUCGUCUGUUGCUUCGGCUGCGCCGCGUCCUGCUCAGUCGGCCAGCAACUCCCGCCGCCAGACGCCAGCCGUUGACCAGUCGCUUGUCGAUGAGGAGCCCUACGACCCCGGCGCCACCGUCGACACAUUCAUCACCAGCCUGAACGGCAAGAAGAACAAGCCCGCCAUCGUGUUCACCAGCAAGGUCGGCAAGCUUGACGAGAACGACGAAAAGACUCAGCGUCGUCGCCAGGCCAAGGAAGUCACCAACGGCAAGAUUCUUGAGGAUGCCAUCACGAAGAAGGAUGCCAGCGGUCAGUGGGAGUACAGCAACGCUCGAGGGCUCGUCGACCAGCCUUUAGCCGAUGAAUCCAUGAUGACGAUGGAGACACCCAACGCGUUGGCCACACGGCCGCGGGUCACUCUACCCGCCUCCCGCUCCACCCCGGCUGCUCGGGAAGGCAGAAGCACCCGGUCUGCCCGGAAGCGGUCUCAUGAUGAGGUUGAAGAUCCAACGUCGCCCAUCACGCCAGGCUUUCCCAACUCAGCCGCGCCUUCUACUGCCGCCAACUCACGUGCUGGCACACCUGCCACUCUGCGCCCUGCCAAGAAGGCCCGCACCGGGCUCAGAGUUAAGAAUUCGCCCAUGAAGAAAAAGACGGGUCCCUUGGCAGGUAUUCCCCGUCCCAGCGGCGAGCGGAGCAGUCCCGUUGGUAACGGUCCCGUCGGCAAUCCCCAGAGAGACACACGCGUGUGUGUGUGCAUGUGUGUGUGUGUGUGUGUCUCCCACACCUACUUUACCCUUUUGUCCCCUCCCACGACAUCACUAGUAGUCCCUCAUGUCGAUCCCCCUUUGGCACGAGAUGCGAUGCCUAACGAGUGGUUUUGCAACGUGUGCCGCAUGACGCGCGAACUGCAACCUUUCCGCGAGCACACGGGAUCCUUUGCCCUGCUUUUUGAGAAGCUCGAGGCUAAGAACUCGACCGCUUUUGCCUUGCCGCCCGACAUCCGCAACUGCUUCGAGGGAGUCCGCACAGGACCCGAGGGCGAGUAUGAGGAGAUUCUGCCAGUCGUCAAGACUGCUCGCAAGAAGAAGAGCGAUGAAGAGGCGCCUGAUUUCUUCAGGCUCCGCGAUGCCGAGGGCAAUGCUGCCAUCUGCCACAGCUGCCAGAAACACAGCGCUUCGGACCGCGCCAUUAUCCCAUGCAGCGCCUGUGGUAUCUUUUGGCAUCUCGACUGCCUAGAUCCGCCCUUGGCCAACCCCCCGGUCCUGCGCACGUGGAAGUGCCCUCUCCAUAUUGACGAGCUCUUGGCUGAGAUGCCCGAGGUGCUCGCUCCUGCCCACCGGGUCCGCAAGCCCAAGACGGCCAGUGUGAUUCGGCCUGCUUUCAGCCGCGGCUUCAUCAACGACGGCUACAUCGACGUCGCUCUCGAGGAAGACACGCCCGCCAGCAGCUGGCGGAACAGCGAGGCGUACGGCCGCACUGUGCGUCUUCCGGAGAGGGGUAUCAGGGCCGACUUUCUGUCUCGCGCUCGCUUCAACCGCAAGGGGAAGCCUAUCCCGCCAUUGAAUGCGGCAACGACCCCAGCCGUUCCGCUUACGCAACGGACUCUUGAGGAGCAGCAAGCCGUUCGCAACCUGGCCCAGCUCAGCGGCCAGGGGACUGCCCCCAUCACCACCUUGAUCGAUACACUGAUCGCCCAGGCCGACCCAUGCGUCGUCAAUCUCAUGUCUCGUGGGAGCGCCGAUCACUUCCAGUCCGCCAAGCAGCUCACUCGGAUGGACCAGCAGAGCUUGCGCGCCAUGCUGGCCCAGGCCGAGGUCAUGUCGCAGCAAAUCCGGCAGCUCCUUAGCUCUGGCGCCAACGGGACUGCACCUGCGGUUCCCAGCCUGACGACCUCGAUGUCCAUUGAUGGCGACUCCGAGGCCGACAAAGUGGCUCCAUCUCCGGCUGCCACCGAUGAUGUCCCCGCCAUGACCCAAGGCGAAAAGACGCCUGCCCUGGGCGACCAAUCUCCCGAGGCUCCCCUGGAGGAGAACCCAAGCAAGGAUGCCAACUUGCCGACCACACCGACCAAGGCCACCUCGGUCGGAACCGAGCCCGCCAUCGUUGAAUCCAACAGCGAUGACAAGAACUCGGUCGAGGGGGACGUCAUGGAUCUCGAGUAGACGCAUUUGUUUUCUACUAUUCUACAUACAAACCGUUGCGUAGGCAACAUGGCUUUUGAGAAAGGUUGUGGAGCAAGUGACGGUCUGAAGAGCCGGGUUUGUUUUUACCUUACGGUUCAAUUAGAUAUUACAUGGACGAUUCGAGAAGGAGCUACAAAGCAGAGAGUUGUUCACAAGCGCCGAUUAAUUACACCGGCGGCGCGGUCUUUUUUUUUUUUUUUUUUUUUUUGCAGUCGUGUUUAUAACCGAACAUACCUUUAGACUCGGUCAUUUUUCACGCAUUCGGGUUGAUACAUUUUUUUUUUCCGGUGGUUUUCCCCCCGACAUCCUUGACACCACACAACCU